AUGACAGCCUCGGUUCUAUCUCCACCAAACACCUCGGUGUCCUCUCAUUCAACGGACUCGAUAGUUGAUUCAAUCAAGGCAAAUCAUAAAGAGAAGCUUUAUACAAUCACCGAUCUCAUCCGCACAAGGGCGAAAGCCAAUACAGCAUACGAGCCCGUAGUUGCUUAUCCUUUGUCAGGAACCAACUACGUCUACUAUACUCCUCACCAGUUGGAUAUUCUCGUCGAAGCCGCAGCCGUUCACUAUGCGAAUGUUAUUCCACAGCGCCGCUCAUCAGCGGAUCCCGUACAAGUGGUCGGUUUGCUUGGUCCAUCCGAUUUCGAAUACCUGAUUACUCUGGCCGCGAUAUCGCGUCUGGGCCACACUGUCCUCCUUCUAUCGACCAGGAUCGCUGAAGAUGCUUAUGUUAGUCUUAUGGAGAGCACCGAUGCUUCAUUCAUUAUUACUUAUUCCUGCUUCAAUGCCAUGGGAGAAAAAGUCACUGGACGCACGGGCGCCAGACAAAUUCCAGUGGUUUCGCCUCUAGACCCGACCUCAUCCGAAGUCUGCAAUGCACGCCUACCAGUGGCAGAGCUAGAUGGUCCAACGGAGAACCAGUUUGUCUGCUGGAUUAUUCACUCAAGUGGCUCCACUGGCCUUCCUAAGCCUAUUUAUCAGAGUCACGCAGGCGCUCUGAGAAACUAUGCAAACAACUUCGGCCUCAAAGGUUUCAUCACAUUACCUCUCUUCCAUGCCCAUGGCAUUAGCUGUUUAUUCCGAGCUGUUCACUCCGAAAGGUUGAUUUACAUGUACAAUGCCAGUCUUCCACUGACGGCAACGGCGCUUCUUACUACUCUUAAGGAGCAUCCUGAGAUUCAAAUUCUCUACGCUGUACCAUAUGCGCUGAAGCUAUUGUCCGAGACUGAAGAAGGUCUCCGCUGCAUGGCCCCUCUUGAACUUGUCAUGUUCGGUGGUUCCUCUUGCCCGAAGCCCAUUGGCGACGUCCUUGUCCAGAAUGGUGUGCGUCUGGUCUCCCACUACGGAACAACAGAGACUGGUCAACUCAUGACCUCUUUCCGUGAUCGGUCUGAUCUGGAUUGGGACUACGUUCGCCCUGGGCCUGCACUUCUACCAUACAUUCGUUGGGAGGAACAGCCUGGUAUGCCGGGGGUCUAUGAGCUUUGUGUGUUGGAGGGCUGGCCAUCCAAAGUUGCCAGUAAUCGACCUGACAACUCGUACGCCACCAAAGAUCUAUUCGAGAGACACCCAGCGACGCCAAAUGCCUGGCGAUACUACGCUCGCCUUGACGACACCCUUGUGCUUGAGAAUGGCGAGAAAGCAAAUCCUUUGGCUAUUGAAGGGGUGGCUCGCAAGAAUCCCAAUGUUGGUGAGGCGGUCGCGUUUGGUAGCGGCAAGCCGCGUCUUGGUCUUUUCGUGAUUCCAUCGGAUAAGUGUCCUUUCACGUCCGAUAAUGAGCUUAUCGACGCGAUCUUCCCCGAUAUUGAGGUUUGCAACGCGGAAUCUCCUGCGUAUGCUUACAUCUCUCGGGAUAUGAUUCAUGUACUCCCACGAAAUGUUGAAUAUCGCAAAACGGACAAGGGAACUGUGAUCCGAUCUGCAUUCUAUAAAGAGUUUGCCGAAAAGAUCGCAAACAUCUAUGAUGACGCCGAUGGCGAAGGUGACCUGGUUCUGGAGGAUGCCGAUUUGAUCAAGGUUCUUCGCGAGAAGCUCCUGGAAAUUGCAUCAAGCAUCAAUUCAUCUGCUCUAAAUGACACGACAGAUGUAUUCAGCCUGGGAAUCGAUAGCCUCCAGUCUAUCAGACUUCGCAGUGCGAUAAUGACCAGUCUCGAUCUAAACGGGAAAAAGUUAUCCCAGAACUUUGUUUUUGAGAACCCUUCUCUCCAGGAAAUGGCUGAUCAAAUCACCCACACUCGCUUGGGGAAAGGGCCAAAGGUGCAAGUUCCAGUGGAGGAGAGAAUGGAGAAAUUGAUUGAGAAAUAUGGUUCAAAUUUCAAGGCUCAUGAGCCUAUCCACCGUGAUUCCAACGGCCAAUACGUUGUUCUUACGGGCGCCACUGGGUCUCUCGGUACUCAUAUCGCAGCUCAGCUUGCACGGACUGGCAAUGUCCACAAAAUUUACUGCUUCGUCAGGGCCGAUUCCGCAAUCUCUGCUCGAAAGCGAGUGAUUGAGAGUCUACGUGCUCGGGCUGUCUAUGCCACACUCUCUCCUACCCUUGAACAAAAGAUCGUGGCCCUUCCAGCUGAUCUGUCAAACUCUGACAGUUUCGGACUUGAAAAAAAUACCUUCUCUCAGAUCAGGAAGACAGUAACUAGUGUCAUCCACUGUGCUUGGUCUGUCAACUUUAACUGGGCCCUCGAGAGCUUUGAAAACAGUUGCAUCUCAGCGACCCGUAAUCUUCUGGAUUUAUGUCUCAGCGCUCAAGGGCCGCAUCCUGCAUCCUUUUCAUUCUGCUCUUCAGUAAGCACCGUGGCCCGGACACCUGGCAGCUGGGUUCUUGAGGCAUUGCCCGAAUCACUGAGCUAUGCGCAGGGUAUGGGCUAUGCGCAAUCCAAACUCGUCACUGAGAACAUAGUGAGUCGUGCCUCCAAACAAACUGGCAUGACUGCCCGAGUUCUGCGCGUCGGACAAAUCAUUGGUGAUACGGUGAAUGGUAUCUGGAAUGCGACCGAAGCUAUUCCUAUGAUGAUACAGACGGCAAAGACCAUCAAAGCGCUCCCUCAACUUGAUGAUGUGCUAUCCUGGACUCCAGUUGACACGAUGGCUUCCAGCAUCAUUGAACUGAGCCUUUCUCCUGAGGCAGCUGGAAUCAUGAACGUCACUAACCCGACUUUGAGCCACUGGACUCAUGAGCUUUUGCCGUUGCUCCGAAAGGCCGGGUUGGAAUUCGAGGUUCUUCCAAAGAAAGCUUGGCUCCAUCGUCUAAGGGACUCAAAUCAAGACCCUGAGAUCAAUCCGCCGACCAAGCUCCUUGAAUUCUUCGCUUCCAAAUAUGACAACGAUAACCCUGGCAGAGUGCUUCUAUACGAUACCAAACUAGCUCGGGCAGGAUCCCCAACACUUGCCAACUCAGGCGGUUUAACUGACGACCUCACCUCCCGAUUUGUGGGAUACUUUGAGACACAGUGCUGGAACAAGAACAGCUCCAUUCCUACUCCUCCUUCUCGCAAUAUUUUCUUCCUUAUCGGUCCAUGUGGGUGUGGCAAGAGUACCGCCGCCCAAGCUCUCAACCAACGAUACCAGAUCCCAAUAAUCGAAGGUGAUAGCUUUCACUCUCCGCUAGCCCGCCAAAAGAUCGCCAAUAACUUGCCUCUCCAAGAUUCAGACCGCUGGGACUGGCUCGCGCAUAUCAGAGGAGCCGUCAUGGAUAGACUGCUAAAUAGCGCCGCGCCUGCUAUAGCGGUAACUUGCUCCGCACUGCGCACCUGUUAUCGUGAUGAGCUUCGUCGAUUGUCACACCUUUUCGAGUUCCCUGUCACUGUCACAUUUAUACUACUUUCCACGGAGGAUCGGAAACAGCUGAAAGAACGGUUAACGAUUCGGACGGCAAAUGAGCAGCAUUAUAUGAAGUCUAGUAUGGUCGAUUCGCAGCUUGAUUUGCUGGAGGCUCCGACGGAUGAGUCUGAUGUUACUAUUGUUGACUCUUCCCAGGCCAAGGAGAAGAUCCUGAAUGAUGUUAUUGAGAUAGUUACAGCUGUCCGGGCUUAA